GUUUCAUUGCAGCCGCAGCUCCAGGAGCGAAACUGGUUUCUCCCUUGAGAGCUUUCCCAUCGAAGAAGGAAGUGGGAUGAUCAUGUAGAUUUUAUCUUCUGGUUCGUAAUAAAAUCCUUGGCGAAGAUGGAUGAAUUAGUUGUCCUUGACCUGCUGAACUGCCCGGUCUGUUUAGGAAAAUUGGAUGCCACUGCCAAGGUGUUGCCAUGCCAGCAUACCUUCUGUCAGCCUUGCUUACAGAGGAUAUUGAAAGCCCGAAAAGAGCUCAAAUGUCCAGAAUGCAGGACCUUGGUAAAUGGCACUAUAGAGGAGCUACCGGCAAACUUGCUCUUGGUCCGUCUUCUGGAAGGCCUAAAGAAUGGGCAAAGCCUGGUGAGAAAGAACUCCUUUCAAAGGGUGGGAGGACUAUCUUCUACCUCUGAUUCUUUUCGGAAGGGUCCAGAACAGAAGACAAAUCAUGAAUCACAAAACAGACUGUUUCCAAAGACAAGAAUGCCUAUAGAAGGGGUAUCAUGUGCUAAAGCAGUGUCAAGCUACAGAGGGCAAAACCGCAGUAACCUUUCCUUUAACAAAGGAGACAUAAUAAUCCUGCAUCGGCAGCUGGAUGAUCAUUGGUAUCAUGGAGAAGUUAAUGGGGAAACCGGUAUCGUUCCAGCAAGAUCAGUGAAAAUCCUACAAAAAAUAGAUCAACCUCCCGCUCUUUGCAAAGCUUUGUACAAUUUCGAAUCAAAAGACAAUGGCAAAGGAGAAAACAAAAAUUGUUUAAAAUUUGCAAAGGAUGAUAUAAUCAGUGUAAUCAGACGAGUAGAUGACAACUGGGCUGAAGGCAAGAUGGGUGAUCAAGUAGGAGUUUUUCCUCUUCUCUUCGUAGAGCUAAAUAGCACAGCCAAGCAACUGCUGGAGUCAAAUAAAUCUAGAAAAAAAGAUGUGAAGAAUUUGCCUUUUACUUCUCCAUUGAGGAAAUCCCCCUCAAAUGUUAAGUCUUCUGAACCAGAAACAAUGCAACGAAUACCAGACAGAAGAAGAAAGACCCCAAGGCAGUUCCUAAUUACCAAUGCUCUAAAUACAUUAAACAGAAUUGUGCAUUUUCCAUCGGGUAGACAGACUCCAGAAAUUAGCACGCCUAUAUUGAUCAGUUCAAGUAACACAGCCAUAAUUGAGAAGGCCAGAUAUUUACCAAGCUCACCAAAUCAGAUCAAUGGUUCAUUUUUUUAUGCCACACUUGGACCACAGGGGACGGGGCCCUCUCUAGUGGCAUUCCCAAGUUCUCAUCAGAAUAUUCUGGCUAAUAUGUGUGUAGCAGUUUAUCCAUACACAGCUCAGGGUCCAGAAGAGAUUGACCUUCAAAAGGGAGAAGGUGUCCGUGUCUUAGGGAAAAUCCAGGAAGGCUGGCUCCGUGGGGUUUCACUGGUUACUGGAAAAAGUGGCUUCUUUCCAAGUCAUUGUGUUAAUCCUGUCUAUAGAAAAUACUCAAAAUAUCCUGAACCAAGACUCCCUUCUCAUCAGAGCAACUGGAUUUCAAGCAAUGCCUCAGUCUCCUCACAGAGCAGUGUGUCUGAAACGGGUAUAAGUAAGCCUGUUAGGUCAUUUUUUGUGCCAACUGCUGUGGUGGAACCAUUGAAAAAGAAUUCACCGUCUUCUUCAGCAGUUGUACCCACUCUCCGUCGAAGGAAUGACAGCUUCAAAAAAAGUAUGCCUCCCCAGAAGAAUGUACAAAAUAACACUACAACACAGGCUGUGACAACCUUCAGUAGACCAUCAUCAGGCAUUGUUCAACCACAACAACUUUUCAUCAAUGCCGCUUAUUCUCAAGUAGGAGCCAGUGCUGAUAUCCGACUGAGGCCCAGCUCUUUGUGUGAUGUUUUGCCUAUCUCUGGUAGACCAGUGGAUUAUAGGAGAUACUCUGCAGCUAGUUCUAUUUCUUUUGAGCCCAAAGAGUUCCCAAUGAAAAUUGAUUCACCAGCAAAACCACUAUCCACUGCUCCUCCAUCUAUACUGGUGAAGCCAGACACACCUAAAAAUAGUUCUGACAAGCAGGUGAAGACUGUAAGGUUCAUGACUUUUAGUCCACCUACGUUGAAACGUCAAAGUGUUUAUCUUGAUGACAAAUUGGAACAGUUAUCCAGUCAGCCACCCACACCAACCACGCCAGAGAACUCUUCCACAUCAGACGCUUUGGUAACUGUAUCGUUAAGACCCAACCCUAGCUUGGCUCAGCUGGCAGAAGGUCGUAAAGUACAGAAGCUCAGGAAUAUAACUCCACAAUCAACUUUGUCCUUUCCCAACAAAAAAGCCAUAAGCGAUAACUCAAAUAGGUUGACAGCAAUCCAUCAAACCCAAGAUAUGCUUUCAACUUAGUGUCUCUGCCUUGAUUUAACUUGUACUCAGCUUUUUCCUUCCUUGGCACAUUAAAUUAGAUUUUGUGUCUCAGAGUUUCUCUAUAAUUUUCUCAUCAAUCCAUUUUGUCAUAUGGGACAGAGUUACCAUGACAAACAAAGGAUCACUGGCACCUUCAUUUAUGAAUGGUUCUCUUACCGAUCCUUCUUAUUAUCCAGACAGGUUUGUAUCAGACAUCCUGUCAUACUCUUUGCGACAUGAAGAUAUAUUGUGGAUAUUUUUGACAUAUUGACUGGUUUGUUUUUCUCUUUAAGAAAUAAAGUCACUUACUCAACAAGGUGAAA